AUGCGCGCCGACGCCACCUUCGCCCUGCUCGCCCAGGUCCUCGCCGUGCAGGGCUUGAACAUCAUUCAGUCCAACGACGAUGGCUGGGCCGAGCUCAAUGCCCGCGUCUUCCACGACUCCUUGAAGGCCUUGGGCCACAGCGUCCUCCUUUCCGCUCCGGCCGAGAACAAGUCCGGCAGAGGCUCCCUCGAUUCCGAACCGAGCCUGCGUACCACGCCCUGCGAGUAUGACAGCUGUCCCGCCAACAGCGGCCCCGUCGGCGUCAACGAGACGAGCCUGGACCUCCGCUGGGUCAACUCGUACCCCGUGACCUCGAUGCGCUUCGGCCUCGAGCAGUUCGCCCCGGAGUUCUUCAACGGCUCGGUCCCCGACCUCGCCGUCGCCGGCCCCAACGUCGGCUCCAACCUCUUCCUGCAGGUGCAGUUCUCCGGCACCGUCGGCGCCGCCGCCUACGCCGCCGGCAAGAAGGGCAUCCCCGCCAUCUCCUUCUCCGGCCUCACAGACCAAAGGAACGCGUGGAACACGGAACCCGUGCCGGCCCAUAGCACCGUCUACGCCGAGCUCGCCACCCGCCUCGUCACCAAGCUCGUCGACGCCGGCACCCCCUACCUGCCCUUCUACACCUUCCUGAACGUCAACAUGCCCGACGUCACCGACGAGUGCAACGACGCGGACCAGUUCAAGUGGGUGCUCAGCCGCAUCAACCCGACCCUCUUCCACGACGACGCGACCAUCUGCGACAACAAGGGCAAGCUGCCCGAUGACGUCAAGGUCGUCGACACGCCCGGCUGCUACAUCUCCGUCAGCGUCGGCGAGGCGAGCUUCAAGACCACCGCCAACAAGGCCCAGCAGCAGUUCGUCAUCGACAGGCUCGGCGACUUCUUGACCUGCCUGCCGUGA